AAAAAAAAAAAAAAAAAAGGGAUUACCAGUCCAUCCAGAUAGAAAAUUUAUGCCUGAAAUCCUGACUGUUUUAUGCUUUUAUCUGAUAUGGCUACUUUUAGUGAUGAGAUAUUUUAUGUUGUGAGCUCUAAACAUUAGAAGCUUUACCAGGUCAAUUAGACCCUACACCUUGUGUAUAUAUGUUUGCGCCGGCUAAUAAGAGAGAUAAUGUUUUGUAUAUAUGUUUACCCUACACCUUGGACGGAGACAAAAGCUGACACUUUGACUAUUUUGCACAAUAUCAUUAGUUGUUGUAUGAGUGUGUUUGCUAUACCAAGCGUCGGUGGAGCUCAUGCACCUACCUUCAUACUCUCGUACUCAGCCUGUGUUGAUCCCUGUUCUGGCAUAAUAAUAAAAAAAAUUAAAAAAAAAUUAUAUUCCUUAUAACUGGUAUAAUCAUCUUACAGACGGAAUGAAUAUAUAUUCAUUCAUAGGUUUAGUUUGCUGAUAGAUGGUUUAGUUUGAUAGUAGAUGCUUGUUUUAGUUUAAACAAUAGUUUGAUGGUAGAUGGUUUAGUUUGAUAGUAGAUGCUUGUUUUAGUUUAAGCAAUGUCUUAAGUUCGAGUGUCUUUAUUUGUAGCCCAAAAAUAUAUAAUUGUAGCAUAAUAACAAAAUUUGUAGGGCUAUUCUCUCAUAUGAUUCUAUCACCUUUGGUUAAUCAAAAUCAUCACCCAAAGGCCAUUUUUACAUAGCAUCUGAUUUUAUCUCUUGGAAUGCUGGCCAUAGUUCAUUCUAAAUAUUCUCACUUUCUUUUUCUAGAAAAUACAAAGAGAUUGGAGGUUGCCACUUUCCAAUCUUUUGUCCUAUCAGAUGGUGCCAUCUGCAACAUCAACUUAGAAAAAAGAAGAAGUCAUAUGGAACGUAUUAAUUGCCUCAAGAAACUAGACUUACCACCCUCGUGCAGUUCCAUCUAAUCUUCUCCAUCUACCACUACUCUCCAGCCAUCAUGUAGCAUGGCCCUCACGUCCUAAUAAAUACCCUACAUGAUACAGAGAAAUAUAUGGAAGAAAUGAUGAUAUCGAAACCGUUAAUCCAACCAGCUUUCAAGGCAGAACCAAGCCAUUGUUUUGGUAAUGGCGGAGCUUUUGGCUCCAGUUUGAUUGCCGGAGACAAUAAACUUGUUUGUGUGACUAGUGGCAAUUCUUACUUGGGUGCUAACAUAGUCAAGAAGCUCUUGGCUAAUGGCUCUCUUGUUCGAGUCACUAUUCAAAACCAAGUGGAUCUGGAAGACAUGAGGUGCUUAAUCAGUGAUGAAGAGCUAAAUAAACUAGAGAGUGUUAUGGUAGCCAAGAUGCAAGAUUUGGACAGUCUUUGUGCUGUAUUUAGUGGCUGUCAUGCUAUUUUCCACACCUCUUCAUUCAUUGAUCCGCACGGGAUCUCUGGUUAUUCAGAGCAAAUGGCGUAUCUUGAGACUGAAGUUGCAAAGAAUGUUAUUGAAGCUUGUAGUAGAGCAGCAUAUAUUAGAAGGUGUAUUUUCACUUCUUCUCUUCUUGCAUCAGUCUGGAUUGGUGAUAAUCUAAACACCGCAAUUGACGAGAGUUGUUGGAGCAGUGAAGAAUUCUGCAGAGAAAACAAGCUUUGGCUUGCCUUGGGCAAAACAAGAGCAGAGCAGGCUGCUUGGAAGAAGUCCAAAGAAUUGAAAGUGAAACUUGUUACCCUUUGCCCAGGCCUUCUUAUGGCUCCUUUGUUCCCCCAUGCUCACAAAGAGGUCUCUUUUCCAUAUAUUAAAGGUGGAUCGCACAUGCUACGACAAGGCAUCCUAGCAACCGCAGAUGUGAGCAAGGUAGCAGAAGCACAUGUUCAUGUUUAUGAAGCCAUGGAUGAUGGAGCUUGUGGACGAUAUCUUUGCUUCGACAAGAUAAUAAAAAGACUGGAUGAAGCCAUUCAACUUGAAACUGAGUUGAAAAAGCAUGGAUUGCAGCCUGGAAGUUUGGUCUUACCAGAAGAUACAGAGGAAAUACAUAGCAAUGUCAGUAAUUCAAAGCUUGCCAAAUUGUUAUUUCAAGUCUGUCAAGGCAAAUCUUGCAGACAAUGAGAAAAUAGUCCAUUAAAUUGUAAGCUGCUUUUACUGUACUCAGGAAGAAUCAGGUAAUUUAAUUGUUAGAAAAGAAUGAGUCCAGAUUGGUCACAAGGUAUAGCAGCUUAGUUAAGUUGAUAUUAUGUUCUAUUCAAUGCACUAUAAACAACAGUUUUUCAGUUGGAUCA